GAUAAUUUGAAUGCACGGUAAUAAAAAAAUAGAAUAGAAUUUUAAUGAACUCUUGUUCCUUCCACAUAUUAAUAGCAAAUCUAUAGCAAUUAAUGAAUCAAUGAGAAGAUAAUUGAGUUUGUAAUGCAAAGAUAACUUUUUGUAAUUUCUUGUAGUUUAAAAGGCAGGAAAGGUAAAUUUAGUUUGAA